UCAUCUGUCAUGUCCAAGGUGACUAACAUCACCCAAGAAUCCUUCUACUUCAUCCUCACUGGCAUCCCGGGAUUUGAAGCUUACCACAUCUGGAUCUCCAUCCCCUUCUUCUGUUUCUACACCAUCUCCAUCAUGGGCAACACCACCAUUCUAUCUGUCAUCCACAGAGAACCAUCUCUCCACCAGCCCAUGUACCUAUUUCUCUCCAUGCUGGCCCUGACUGACCUGGGUCUCACCCUCACCACCCUGCCCACAGUCAUGAGACUUCUCUGGUUUGAUAUCCAGACAAUCAGCUUUGAAGCCUGCUUUGCCCAGUUAUUUUUCAUGCACACAUUCUCCUUCAUGGAAUCUUCUGUCCUGCUGGCCAUGUCUUUUGACCGCUAUGUGGCCAUCUGUCGCCCUCUGCAUUAUGCCACCAUCCUCACCAACACUGUCAUUAGCAAGAUUGGAAUAGCCAUCGUUUUCCGUUGUGUUCUGGCUGUUCUUCCACCACUUUUUUUACUCAAGCGUUUGCCCUUUUGUCGUUCCCACCUUCUCACUCACUCCUAUUGUCUUCAUCCAGAUAUGAUACGCCUUGUCUGUGCUGAUACGCGGGUCAACAGUUGGUAUGGUUUGGCUCUAAUUUUGCUUAUUACUGUGCUGGACCCACUCCUCAUUGUGCUCUCCUAUGUAAUGAUUUUGAAAAGUGUCUUAGGAGCAGCCUCUACUGCUGAGAGACUCCGGGCCCUCAAUAACUGUCUGUCCCACAUUCUAGCUGUUCUGGUCCUGUUUGUUCCUAUGGUUGCGGUAUCUGUAACUCACCGUUUUGCUAAGCAUACGUCUCCACUGGUCCAUGCCAUAAUAGCCAAUAUCUAUCUGUUGGCACCCCCUGUGAUGAAUCCUAUCAUUUAUAGUGUCAAGACUAAGCAAAUCCGACAAGGAAUUAGACGUUUGUUUUCCAAAAAAAACAUUCACUUAAGGUGA